AUGCUUACUACUCCUACCAUUGCUGCCGGUAUCCACCCCGAACAAGAGACUCUAAGUUCAAUUCACACCUUGGCCAUGUAUCCGAAGAAUCGGAUUGCAGAGAAGCAGACAGACAAUACUCUGGUGAAGAAGACAGAGGAAAAGGGUGGAAGGGAUGAGAAGGCUCCUCCUGUGGUAAAGACUGCCGUGGUACAUGAAAGGCUAUUAGGAAGAUAA